AUGUUGGCGAGUAUUAUUGGAACGGAUUUUAAAGAUCGUAUUUUGUUGACGAUUUCUUUAGUAUUUGCAUUGGUACAGUUAACCUAUGCUCAGAGUAAUAAUGCAACUACCAACGGCACUCCGAGUAUUGUUUUUGAAAAGACUAAUGAACCAAUGAUGGUGUUUUUAGCAAUAGGUGUUUCUCAAUGGAUUUCCUGUUAUUUUGUUGCUACUAUUAUGUAUAAUUCAGCCAUUUCUAGCCCUUCUUUUAAAUUCCCACAAAUUAGUGAGAAAAUGACAGUUUCCUUUAUUACAAUUUUGAGAUAUGCCUAUAGCGAACAACCACUAUUUAUGAGAAGAAUUAUUGAUGCCUAUUUUGUAAAGGCACUGUUUUAUUUUAUUGCCUUCUCUGUUGGUUUUUAUUCUGCUAUUCAAUUGUGGUUUGUUACAAACACAAAUGAUUUGAGCAAAUUGACAACAGUCAAUGUUUUUCACAUUGAAGUUAAUAGAGGAGUUUUGAUUGGUGGUGCUUCCUUAUAUUUCCUAGAAUUGGUUUACAGAUCUAGAACUCAAAUUAUCAUGAUUGCGCACCAUUUGGUAACUUUAGUAAAUAUUGUUUGGAUGAUUGAGUAUGAAAAGACCAAUUUGGCAUAUAUGAAGAUUUUCAUGGUAUAUGUUUAUUUUGUAUUUUUGGAAUUCCCAGAAUCAUUUAUUAUGAUUGGAUAUCGUUUAUUCUGUUGUUGGGUUUCUGAUUCUAAAAUACCUUUGAAAAUAAGAGUUGUCUACAAGAGACGUAUGAAAUAUUCAGUACUUGCUCUUGCUUGGAUUGAUACAAUUUUCAAAAUUAUUGGAAAUAUUAUUGUUCUAGCUAUGAUUAUUAUUAUGUGGGACGAAUUCCCAGUUGAGGUCAGAAUUGUAUUGAUUAUUAGUUUUACUGUAUUUUUAAUUGCUCAAGCUUGGGGACCAUACAUUUUCUUCAAAUUAUAUUUCAAACUUAGUAAGGCAAUUGAAGAGGAUAAAGAAAGAGAACAUCGCGCCUUGUUAGAAGAAGAUUCUGAUGAAUCAGCUCUUAGCACAUACAAACCAAUCAAUGAUGGUAACGAAGUUCAACUCAGAAGCCAACACAUGUAGUUUAGUUUCUUAUGGAAUAAAUAAGUUUAUCAAUUUUACAA